GCCACCUGUCAGUGUCCAUCAGUGCCAGCUGUCAGUGCUCAUCAGUGCCACCUGCCAGUGCCACAUCAAUGCCACAUAUCUGUGCCUACCAGUGCACAUCAAUGCCACAUAUCAGUGCCCAUCUGAGCUACCGUUCAGUGUCACCUAUCAGUGCCAGUAAGUGCCACCUAUCAGUGCCAGUCAGUGCCACCUAUCAGUGCUGACAAUCAGUGCCACCUAUCAGGGCCCAUCAGUGCAGCCUAUCAGUGCCCAUCACUGCAGCCUCAUUAGCGCACAUCAGUGAAGGAGAAAAUUCACUUAUUUACAAAAUUUUAAAA